AUGGCUUUGGUGUUGAUAGUAGUAGCGAUGAUUCUCCAAUUCCAAAUGAAAGGAUGUGUAGGCUGUGUAGAGAGUGAACGGAUGGGUUUGUUGGAGCUCAAGUCGUAUCUCAACUCUCUUGAUGGUUUGGGAGAAGGAAGUAUUCUCGAGUCAUGGAGUGAUGAUGAUCCUAAAAGUGACUGCUGCAAGUGGGAGAGAGUAACGUGCAGUGACGCUAUCGGUGGCCACAUCGUCAAUCUCUCACUUAAUGCACUCAUGUUUAUGGAUCCACCUCGGGGGUUAAACAUUUCCUUGCUCCAUAGCUUCCCUCAACUCAAAACCUUUGCCUUUGCAGAUAAUAAGUUCGAUCGCUUGUUUGAUCCCAUCUACGGUUAUAAGAGCUUUCAGAGACUUGAGAACCUGGAGACCCUUGAUUUUUCGGGAAAUUAUUUCAACACAAGUGUUCUCUCAUUUCUAAGUGCAGCAAGGUCUCUCAGGUUUCUAAAUCUUAGUAGCAAUUCACUGGAAGGUGUCUUUCCUCCAAAUGGUUUCAACAAUUUCAGGGAGUUGGAAGGACUGGAUCUACGAAACAACCUUAUAAAAGACUUGGAGGCUGGUGAAGGGUUACGAGAAAUGAAGCUGAAAACAUUAGAUCUUAGCUGGAACAGAUUCUCAGAAACUGCACGACUUAAAGGUUUAAAACAUUUUGUAAAUUUACAAGUCUUGAAGUUGGCAGGCAAUAAAUUUACACUCACUCCAUCUAUUCAAGCACUCAAAGAUAUGCCAAAGUUGCAAGAACUGGAUCUAGCGGCAAUAAUUCGCCGACUUAGACAGCCUAGGCUACUCAAAGCUUUGCGGAUUGACGAAUCUUCGAGAGCUGGAUUUAAGGAAGAAUGCUUUGACAAGUAUGCCUAA